AUGAGCCCCCCAGAGCAGACCGAGUCAGCAUCAUCCAGCGUUGAAGACGUGAUGAAUGCCACACAGGAACAGGAACAAGAUGACUCGCAACAAGACGACUCGCAACAUGCACCGCUAGCGCACAUGGACUCGUCCGACUUUAAUGCGACGACCGACCGCGGUCCGGAGUCGACCGUUGGUGGCCGACCUCGAUUUGCGUCCUCUGAUUCCGUCAACCAUUUUGGCUUUUUGCACCACAAAGACGAGGACAUUUACGUGUUUGAUGAGCCGCCGGAGGUACACGUGCUUCGCGGCCGUUGCGAAGAGUCCUGGCCUACGCGCUUUGUCGAGUACGACGUGGAGUUAAAGUACAAGACCUUUCAGUGGAAGGUCGAGAUUUCCAAGUCGUCGAUUUCAAGCCUCUGGUUUCACAUCAAAAGCCGUCCGCAUUUGCGUCAUGCAUCGUCGUCUACGGUAGCGGACGAUCAUGGUGCUGGGUCAUCGGGUGUACCGGAGGCUACGCUCACAGCCAGCGAGUUCCGGUGGCCGCCGCUCCGCAAACUCUUUUUGACAUCUGGAGAAAAGUCCGUAAGUCCUGAGAUGGUUGCGCUCGUGCAGCAGUUUCUGGAUAAAGUCGUGAAGGUACCGCGGCUGCUACGAUCACCGUUCGUGGCUGCAUUGUUCCAGGUUAGCAAUUCGACGUUUGACGAAGAAAUGGGCAGAACUUCGAUCCGGGAAGGUUGGUUGAAGACGCGCUUUUGGCUGAAAGGAAACCGUGAGAAUGUUCGGAUCAAUCGAGCUUCCAUGUCGUGUGAUAAUGAAUGCUUCAACUGCAUGUGCGUGGUGAAGCGCGUGAAUUUUCGGGCAAAACGUUUACGCUGGGUCUCACUAAAGACUUCGAGUAUCGCUAUCUAUGACUCGAUUGAAGAUACGGUUGCGCGCAAUGCCUUUCUGUUUGAUAACAAAUUCAAUAUUGAACGUGGUCUUGCUACCACUGGUUCUAGCACGACGUUGUUGGUCUCCAACGCAACGUAUGUGCUUCAAAUGGAAGCAAAAUCGAAACAUGCGCUUAAAGUGUGGGCGAAUGGAAUUCGUCGGAUGGCGGAGGCCUCGAGCUGGUCACAACUGCAUCGCGAUGGAUCUUUUGCCAUUCCACGAAACCCUGUACACAUGACAUCGUUUGCAAAAUGGUAUGUGGAUGGCAGUGACGCGUAUAAAGCUAUAUAUCAAGGUAUCCAGUCAGCCACGAAAGAGAUCUUCAUUGCCGGUUGGUGGGUCUGCCCGACCAUCCAUCUGUUGCGUCCCGCGGAGCAGUAUCCUGAGUCGAGACUUGACCUUGUGCUGCAAAAGAAAGCGGAGGAGGGCGUGCAGGUGUACGUACUUAUGUACAAGGAGAUAGCGAUGGCACUCACCCUGAACAGCUUGUACUCGAAGCAGGUUCUGAGCAAGUUGCAUAAGAACGUUCACGUGCUCCGCGACCCCGAUUUCCUGAUGAAGCAGCUAGGCAUGUGGUCGCAUCAUGAAAAGAUCGUGAGCAUUGAUCAGAGAGUGAGUUUUGUGGGGGGCCUUGAUCUCUGCUUUGGACGCUGGGAUACCCACGGUCAUGAACUAUUUGACGAACCAGGAAAGCCAACGAAUUUCUUGGGCAAGGAUUUUUCGAAUCCGCGCGUCAAGGACUUCGUUGAAGUCGACCAUCCUGACGAGGAUAUGAUCGACCGCAAUGCUGAGCCACGCAUGCCGUGGCACGAUUGCCACUGUCGCCUAGAAGGUCAACCAGCUCGUGAUGUAGCCCGCCACUUUGUUCAGCGUUGGAACUAUUCCGUUUGUACUCGCAGGAAAUCACGAAAGUUGCACCACCUUGUUCCAAUGAAAGAUUACCCGGUCACGAACAUUGACAAACGUGGCCCGCAAAAGCUGACAAAGCGGCUUCAGAAGGCUGUACACGCGGUGCGAGCAAUGCGCGGAUUAUCACGAGGUCGUGCGAAUACUGAUAAUCGUGGGUUCAACAGCGGUCGACGGAUGGCGCGCAUGUUGAGCAAUCAGAAUGAAUCGGGCAAUAUGCCUGUUAUGCAAGACGAUAACGCCGACGUAAUUGUUGACCUGCCUGACGAGGAUGACAAUGAUGAAGCCUUCGAGAGAUGCCAGCAAGAAGUUGCUACCCGAGGAUACCGUGUCAACACACAGAUUCUACGCAGUUUGUCGCUAUGGUCAGGAGGCGUGGCCACGGAACGCAGUAUCCAAAAUGCGUAUAUUCAUCUCAUUGGAUCAGCUAAGCACUUCAUUUACAUUGAGAAUCAGUUCUUUGUGUCAGGGCUGGAAGGAGAUUACGGCUGUUCGAACCGUAUCGCUAAUGCUCUGGUGGACCGAAUUGCGCGUGCGUCGGAAAACAACGAGAAAUUCCGAGUUAUUGUGGUUAUGCCAUUGUUGCCAGCUUUCCCUGGAAAACCUGAUGACAAUGAUGCUAGUAGUCUGCGAGGUGUGAUGCACUGGCAAUACCGCACAAUCUGUCGUGGCGAGCAUUCGAUGUACCAGCGUUUGUAUCAAGAGCUGGAGGACGAUGACCCGUUCAAUUACAUUGCGUUCUAUGGACUUCGUAAUCACUGCAACCGCGAAGAUGCUCAAGCCCGGACCGAGGAGGUGUACAUCCACAGCAAGGUGAUGAUUGUCGAUGACCGAUCCUGCAUCAUCGGCUCGGCUAACAUUAAUGAACGCAGCAUGUGCGGCGACCGCGACUCUGAGAUUGCCGUUCUUGUGGAAGAUCAUGAGAUGGAGGAGUCGAUCGCCAUUGCUGAUGGAGCGUACCGUGUGGGUAAAUUUGGGCACUCUUUUCGCAUGAAGCUGUUUGAGGAGCAUUUUGGUGUGGAACCAGGCACGCCGCUUUAUCAGAAGUACCAGGAUCCUGUGGGGAAGGAUGCAUGGUUCUCCAUGCAAGAACAGGCGAUGAAUAAUCACCAGAUCUACGACUCUGUGUUUGGCUGCUUGCCGUCCGACAAUGUUACGACCUUCGCUCAGAUCGAUGCGCACAUUCAGUCCGCGCAAGAACUUGAUACAUCAGGCCGCGGUGCAGAGGAGACGGUUGCCGAGGUGCUACGAAGCGGUGUUGGUAUCUUGGAUUCCAUCAGCAACAACGAGGACAAUGACCGAACGUCGUCGGUGAGCGGCACAGCCAUGUCACCUCAGAACAGUGCGAAAGGGAACAGCUCACGGGGGCACAAGUCGGUGUUCAGCGGUGCUAUGAAUGUGAACAUGAACGAGAGGUCGCACAUUGCCCAGAAGAAGCACGAGCUAAGCAACGUGCAGGGCCACAUCGUGUACUUCCCGCUCAAGUUCCUCAUGGACGAGCAGCUGGAGCCUGCGCUGUUCCCGGCCGAACUCUUCCAGUAA